UCGGCGGCCGCCCGGCCUCCGGCGGGAGCCAAUCAGGGGGCGGCUGCCCGCACGUGGAGCCGAGGGGACUCAAGAGCGCCGCGGCCGCCGCUCACUCCCCCCGUGACGGGCGUCCCGGCGGCACCGGGCAGCGCCGCGGGGGCGUCCGCGCCGCCGCUCCCGCCCCGGCCCCACGGCUCGGCCCCGCUGCCGCCGCCAUGAGCGGCCCCUACCCGGAGGAGAGCUGCGCCGAGCGCCCCGAGUGCAAAAGUAAAUCGCCAACUUUGCUGUCCUCCUACUGCAUCGACAGCAUCCUGGGCCGGCGGAGUCCCUGCAAGGUGCGGUUGCUCGGUACCGCGCCCACCCUGCCCGCCAUCGCCGCCCGUCCCGACACCGACAAGGCCGCGCAAGGGUCCCCUAAGGCCAGUCCCCCCUUCGAGCCGGCCGAGCUGCACCUUCCCCCCAAACUGCGCCGGCUUUACGGGCCGGGCGGGGGCCGGCUGCUGCCGCCGCGGGCGGCGGGGCCGCGGGGGGACCGGACGGAGGGGCGACCAGAGGGGGGCGCGGGCCCCGUGCCCGCUGCCGCCCCGUGGGACACGCUGAAGAUCAGCCAGGCGCCCCAGGUCAGCAUUAGCCGCAGUAAAAGCUACCGUGAAAACGCGCCUUUCGUGGCGCCGCCGCCCGCCCGGGACGAGCUGGGCAGCCCCGCCGCACACGUCGAGGAACGGCCGGGCCCUGCCGCGCCGGCCGCGGAGGAGGAAGAGGAGGAAGAGGACGAAGAGAUGCUGGAGGAGGACGAGGACGAGGAGGAAGAGGAGCUGGAGGACGAUGAGGAGGAGGAGCUGCUGGGCGAGGACGGCGGGGGGCUGCUGAAGGAUGCCCGCCGGGGCGCCACCGCGGCCCCCGGGGCGGAGGGCGGGGAUCUGUCCCCCAAGGAGGAGCUGCUGCUGCACCCCGAGGACGGCGAGGGCAAGGACGGCGAGGAGAGCGUCUGCCUCUCGGCCGGCAGCGACUCCGAGGAGGGGCUGCUCAAGAGGAAGCAGCGCCGCUAUCGUACCACCUUCACUAGCUACCAGCUGGAGGAGCUGGAGAGGGCCUUCCAGAAAACCCACUACCCCGACGUCUUCACCAGGGAGGAGCUGGCCAUGAGGCUCGAUCUGACAGAAGCCCGAGUGCAGGUAUGGUUCCAGAACCGUAGGGCUAAGUGGCGGAAGAGGGAAAAGGCUGGGGCUCAGACACACCCCCCAGGUUUGCCUUUCCCUGGUCCCCUGUCAGCAACUCACCCCCUCAGUCCAUACCUUGAUGCUAGUCCUUUCCCUCCUCAUCACCCAGCUCUAGACUCCGCCUGGACCGCCGCCGCCGCCGCGGCCGCCGCCUUCCCCAGCCUGCCGCCGCCGCCCCCCGGCUCCGCGGCGCUGCCCCCCGGCGGGACCCCGCUCGGCCUCGGCACCUUCCUGGGCGCGGCCGUGUUCCGCCACCCCGCCUUCAUCAGCCCCGCCUUCGGCAGGCUCUUUUCCACCAUGUCCCCCCUGGGCAGCGCCUCCAGCGCCGCGGCCCUGCUGCGGCAGCCGGCGCCGGCCGCCGAGGGCGCGGUGGGCUCGGCGGGGCUGGGGGACCCGGCCAGUGCCGCCGCCGACCGGCGGGCGUCCAGCAUCGCCGCCCUGCGGCUGAAGGCCAAGGAACACGCGGCCCAGCUCACCCAGCUCAACAUCCUCCCCGGGAACGGCACGGGGAAAGAGGUGUGCUAAGGCACGGCUGCCGUCCGCGGGGAGCGGGUUAGGGUUUUUUUAGGGGGGAGAGAAAAAAAAGAGGGAGAGAAGAGGAGAGUAAAUAGGCUAAUCAAUAAAGGUCACCUCAGACAGCAUGAAUCAAGACCAAACGGGGGGAAAAAUAAUAAUGAUUUUUUUUAAAAAAGAGGACCAGCAGCUGAGACUGUAGUAGGUCCUCAAGUUAGGAACUUGGAGAAAGUGAAUGCCUCUCGCAUCAGCCCUCACACGAGUGAAACGACACUUAAAACCUCCUGAAUAAGUAACUCCUUGGCUGGUACAUUUCUUAAAUGUACGAUGUGUCCAUUUCCUCUAUGAACAUAACGGGGGGAAAAGUAAAAAAAAAAAGAAAAAAAAAGAAAAAAAAAAGAAAAAAAACCCUAAUAAAAGUUACUAUAUAUUAGCGUUUCGUACACUAAAUAUUUUUCCUUCUGUUUAUCUGGCAAGAAAAAAAAAAAAGAAAUAGAAUUGUAAUCAAGAAAGUGAAACAAAAAACAAUAGAUAAGCUAAGAGAGGGGGAAAGCUACCCACAUCUUCUUAAAAUAGCAUCCUAGGAUGUUAAGUUGGUCAGUUAGAAGCGCUGGAGAACUAUUUUACAUGUUGCAACGAGCUGCAUAUGCUAACCAAGGAUGCUGACAGUGCAAACUGAAAGUAAAUUUGAUGCUGUAAGAUAACCAGUGCACUUAGGGGAAAGGGUAUAUCUUUUUCUUGUUAUAUUCUUUAUCACUACACCAACCAAGGUUUUUAUAUCAAACCAAAGCGAAAUACACUGCUAGAAUAUGGACUGUUUAAGUCACUAAACUGUGAUUAUUAAUUCUGUACAUACCAUUGUUAUAAAAAAAGAACAGAGCUUUGUAUAUUUGAAAAGUUAUAAAACAAUUGCACUCAGUGUAGUGUUGUAAAAGUUUGUCAUUCUGUAGAUUCUUACUGUGUUGUAGAUAUAAUAGGGUUCCUAGACAAAUAUUUAUGUACAAACUCUUUAUUUAACUUAUUAACUGUAGAGGUUUCUGAAACCCUCAAGAGGCGAUGGUACAGUA